AUGAACCGCCAUCACCCUUACGGUGGCUACGAUGAGAGGCCAGGUCGCGGCGGUCGCGGCGGUGGCAACCCCUCCAUGCGCGGCCGUCCACCCCCCCACGGCGGCAUGAGUCCCCCUUCCUCUUCCAGCUAUCCAUCCGCUCAAUCGGGUUACAAUCCAGCCGCUUCCAACGUGAACGACCCGUCAGCCCCUUACCAGCCUCAGAAUGCCUACGCUGGUUCCAAUGAUUUUGCCGGGGGUCCGGAUCGCCACUAUCCGAUGGGUCCACAGAGAGGCGGCAUGAGCGCUCGUGGAGGUCCUCCAGGCUCUCGUCCGCCUCCGCCUCCUGGCCCCCCUCCCGCUCAAAACUUGAAUGCUGCUCCUGCCUACGGAUACACCCCAGCCUCAUUUGAAAACGCUUCCUACGGCACGACCGGCCCUUACGACCAGUCUUCCGCACCGGCUGCUCCUUACGGACAGCCGCCUCAACAAGCACCCGGAUACUCUCAGGAUUACAAUGCACCUGGCUCUCAGCCCAGUCCUCUAUCCGCCGGCUUCGAAAGUCAAGGCUAUAGUGGUGGAGGACCUUCAUACGGCCAGGGCUUCCAACCUGGUGGUCCGCCUGCUGGCUCGUACGGCCGACCUCGUCCUCCCUUUGAUGGAGAGGGUGGCUUCCGUGGCGGUCGUGGUGGCCGCGGCGGACGCGGUGGCGGACGCGGUGGAAGAGGUGGUGGCUUUGGAGGUGGUAGGGGAGGCUUUGAUGACGACGAGAAGCCCUGCCGCACUUUGUUCGUCCGAAGCAUUCAGUUCGAGACCGACUCUCAAUAUGUCCAGCAGCAAUUUGAGCAGUUUGGCCAGAUCAAGACCUUCUUCGACAUGGUCAACAAGCGGGGUAUCGCAUUCAUUACCUACUACGAUCUCCGAUCAGCGCGAGAUGCCAUGCUAGCCAUGAAGGGCGCACUCUUUGGCGGACGUCCCAUCAACAUCCACUAUUCGCUUCCACGUGAAGAGGACAAGGCGCAGCGCUGCGAUCGCGACAAGAACCAGGGAACUCUAUUCACUGUACUCAAGGGCGCCAGUCAAGAUCUCAACGAGGACGCCGUCCGCGAAGUUUUUAAGAAGUUUGGCGAUUUGAAGAAGAUCCGCGACUACCCGGGACAGAAGAACAGCCGCUUCGUCGAAUACUUCGACAGCCGCGCUUGCCAGUUGGCUCACGAUCAGCUCAACGGCCAAACAUACCUUGAUGGCCAGUGGGAUCUCAAGUUUGCAUGGGAUGUUGUCACCGACGAGGAUCUCGAAUGGGCCAAGAUUCCCGAGCAAGCCGGUGGUCCAGGCUUCCAGGCCGCCCCGCCUGGGCCUCAGCCUAGCUGGGGCAGGGGAGGACCUCCUCCUGCUUCGGAUCGCGCCCCCGCCCCUCUCCCUGCCGACUACCCUAGCUUUGACAGUGCAGGCUCGUCGGGCGGAGGUGUUGGGUAUGGUCGUCCGCCUAUUCCUUCCACUGGCCCCCCUGUCGACAAUGGAUGGGGCAGACGAGCAGGUUCUGGAUCUGGUCCUGCCUCAACGCCAGUCGCGGCACCUGCCCACAGCGCCGACGCUGGCGAUGCAAAUCGUCUCGAACAGGCUCAGAAGGUGCAACAGCUGCUCGCCUCUCUCGGCGCCGCCUCCAAGUCACCCGCGACAGCAGCAGCUUCUCCCACCCCUCCCGCUCCUGCCGCCUCUACUCCACCAGCGCGAAGCCCACCAACGACUCACGCUUCGUCAGCUGCUGGACUUCCGCCCAACAUUGCAGCCUUGCUUCAGUCGGCCGCUGGCGCACCCAAGCCCAUGCAACCGCCCAAACCUCAGUCGCCUCCCACUUCCAACGCUAUAGCUUCGUCGGGACAGGAUAACGGCCAGCAAUCGGUGCAUCAACUCUUGAACAUGCUCAACCAGAACCGACCUCCUCGACCAUCGUGA